UCAAACCAGAGAAAAAGUCCAAGAAAUAACUUCUCUUUACCUCUUUCUUUAACGCUUUUGCUUACUCUUUCUUUGUUUGUUUUCACUGCUUUUGAUUCACCAAAAAAGAAAAUAAAAAUGGCUGUGAGUUUUCAAAUUCUAGCAUAUUUCACGGCUAUAUUCAUUAUAAGCCGUUUGGUGUCCAUCAUAGGGAUAUCAAAGCCCUGGAUUAACAUGUCACCUAAGCCCCUAGCCCUUGAUAUUUCAGGCAAACUCUCAGUUGACCCUUCAGCGAUUGAAUCAGCCUCUCAAGAUUUCGGUCACAUUGUAAAAGCCAUUCCCGAAGCAGUUCUUUACCCUUCAACCCCUGAAGACAUUGCCUCCCUUAUAAAAUUCAGCUACAAGAAUUCAGUUCCCUUCAGCAUAGCAGCCAAAGGGCACGGCCAUUCUAUCAGGGGCCAGGCAAUGGCAAAUAACGGGGUCGUGGUGGACAUGACAUCAUUGAAGAAGCAUCGAAAUGGAACCGGGAUCCAAGUCUCAAGUGACGGGCUUUACGCAGAUGUUGGUGGCGAACAGCUUUGGAUUGAUGUGUUAAAUACAACAUUGGAACAUGGACUUGCACCCGUUUCGUGGACCGAUUAUUUGUAUCUAACCGUAGGUGGGACACUCUCCAAUGCUGGGAUUAGUGGGCAAACCUUUCGUUAUGGUCCUCAGAUCAGUAAUGUUAAUGAAAUGGAUGUCAUCACAGGAAAAGCUGAUUUUCUGACUUGCUCCCCAAAGAAGAAUUCAGAGCUCUUUUAUGCUGUUCUCGGAGGUUUAGGCCAGUUUGGAAUAAUAACCAGAGCAAGAAUUCCACUUGAGCCAGCACCAAAAGGGGUAAAGUGGGUACGAAUGCUGUACAAUGAUUUCUCUGCUUUUAGUAGAGACCAAGAGCUUUUAAUCUCCAUAAAUGGAAGGAAAGACAAGAAUGCACUAGAUUAUUUGGAAGGUUCACUUCUCAUGGAUCAAGGUUCUCCAGAUAACUGGAGAUCAUCCUUUUUCCCACAUGCAGAUCACCCAAAAAUAAUCUCCUUGAUAACCAAGCAUCGCAUCAUCUACUGUCUUGAAGUUGUCAAGCAUUAUGAUGAUCAAACCGAAAACACGGCGGACAAGGAGCUGCAACAGCUUUUGAAAGGUUUGAGCUACAUGCCUGGAUUUAUGUUCGAAAAAGAUGUCCUCUAUGUAGAAUUCUUGAAUAGAGUCCGAAGUGGAGAACUGCAGCUUAAGUCACAAGGGUUAUGGGAUGUUCCACAUCCAUGGUUUAGUCUUUUUAUACCCAAAUCUCAGAUAGCAGAUUUCAAUGAUGGUGUUUUCAAGGGCAUUGUCCUUGAACGAAACAUUACUACAGGACCUCUUCUUGUUUACCCCAUGGACAGAAAAAAAUGGGAUGAUAGGAUGUCAGCUGUUAUACCAGAUGAAGAAAUUUUCUACACAGUGGGAUUUUUGCAUUCAAGUGGGUUUGAUGAUUGGGAAGCUUUUGAUGAUCAAAAUAAGGAAAUAAUGCAGUUUUGUGAUAAGGCUGGCAUUGGGGUUAAGCAGUAUCUUCCUUAUUACACUACCAAGGAAGAAUGGGUUCAUCACUUUGGCUCAAAAUGGAAGACUUUUCAACAGAGAAAAGAUCAGUUUGAUCCAAAAAUGUUACUGUCACCAGGACAGAGAAUUUUCAAUAUCAACUAA